AUGGUGGACAAAGCUCGAGAAUUCAGUCUGGACGCGACACAGACAGCGGGUAAACGUCAGUGUGAGAAACACCGGGAGGAACUGAAGAUGUUCUGUGAAACUGACAAGAAAUUGAUCUGUUCCAUUUGCAGAGAUGUGAAAAAACACCGAGGUCACAGCUUCCUGCCCAUUGACGAAGCUGCUGAAAUCUACAAGGAUCAAGUGAAAUCCUCCUUAGCUUCUCUCACACAGAGGAAGGAAACUGCUCUACAAACCGAAGCUAAACAGAGAGAAAAUAUUUCAAAAGUUAAGGAAAAGGUGAACAGUCUACAGACCCACAUCACGGCUGAGUUUGCUAAAAUGCACCAAAGUCUGACUGACAGAGAACAGCGAGUGAUGCGAGAUCUCAGACAGCGAGAGCAGGAGAUUUUAAACCGAAUGGAGACAAAUCUGCGAGAGAUUCAGGGCAAAUUAUAUUCUGUUCAGCAAGAAAUCUCCGACUUACAGAGGCAGAUGGGAAAAGACACUCUCACCUUCCUGCAGGAGGAAGCUGCUGGCAACAGAAGGGUCAGUGACGAGGGAUUUGAUCUGUCAGUGUGUGAGGCUGAGCUGCCUGUGGGGAUAUACAAUGGGCCUCUACAGUACACAACAUGGAGAUUGAUGAUACACGGCAUCAGCCCAGCUCCAGCUUCUCUGACUCUGGAUCCUGAAACAGCCCAUCCCGACCUCAUCCUGUCUGAGGACCUGACCAGCGUGAGAACCGGAGACACAUGGCAGAAGAUCUCUGAAUCCCCGAAGAUGUUCAGUAAAUAUUUCAGUGUCCUGGGGUCUGAGGGCUUCACAUCAGGGAGACAUUACUGGGAGGUGCUGGUGGCCCACAAGACUGAGUGGACAAUGGGAUUGGCCAGAGAGUCCGUCAAAAGGAAAGGAAAUAUCACAGCGUCACCAGACGAUGGAUUCUGGGCUUUGUGUCUGAAUAACGGAAAUGAAUACAAAGCUCUGACCUCAACUCCCACUCGCCUGCCGUUGAGAGAGAGACCCGGGAAGCUGGGAGUUUACCUGGACUAUGAGGGGGGACAGGUGAUAUUUUACAACGCUGAGAACAUGUCUCAUCUCCACACUUUCACCCAGACUUUCACUGAGAAACUUUUUCCUUUCUUCAGUCCCGGUUUGAAUUAUGCCGACAAAAACUGUGAUCCACUGAGGAUCUGUCGGGUGACAGAUUAAUGAGGAGGAAAUCCUCAGCCAUGACCUGUGUUUGGCUAUGAUGGGCACCAGCUGAACCUUUUAUAAUCUGUGUCGUUACCCAAUAAUUAUUACACCUUGCACACUGGACCCAAGGCAGAUGCCUUUCUCGGGAUCCAUUGUCUCUCGCUCUCUCUGUCUCACUCUCCCUCUCUUUUUCUCUGUCUGUCU